UUAAAUACUGCAGCAACAAACAGUGAAGCACACAUCGAUUUUUCUUUAGCUGGAAGAAGCAGAAGAAGAAGAAGAAGAAGAAGACUUCCACGAACAUGUCUGGAAGAGGCAAAACCGGAGGAAAAGCCCGCGCUAAGGCUAAGACUCGCAGCUCCCGCGCUGGUCUUCAGUUCCCCGUGGGCCGUGUGCAUCGCCUGCUGCGGAAAGGAAACUACGCUGAGCGGGUCGGUGCUGGGGCUCCUGUGUACCUGGCCGCCGUGCUCGAGUAUCUGACCGCUGAGAUCCUGGAGUUGGCGGGUAACGCAGCCCGGGACAACAAGAAGACCCGCAUCAUUCCUCGGCAUCUUCAGCUCGCUGUUCGCAACGACGAAGAGUUGAACAAACUGCUGGGCGGAGUGACCAUCGCUCAGGGUGGUGUGUUGCCCAACAUCCAGGCCGUGCUGCUGCCCAAGAAGACCGGGCAGGCCGCGCCGAGUUCCGGCAAGGCGGGAAAGAAAAGCUCCUCUCAGUCGCAAGAAUACUGAACAAUGACCUGAACUCGUGCUGAUUAACAUUAAAACCCAAAGGCCCUUUUAAGGGCCGCCCAAUUUACCUAAAAAGAGCAACUUCCAUUGUCCAUAUUGUUUCCAUGUGUGUUAAUGUGCUUUUCUACGAUUCUGAAUAAAUGUUUUUUCGCUAACUUGA